AUGGCCUCCGAUAGGCCCAGCACCUCUGGGACUGUUCCAGAAACUCUCCCUGGAUUCUACAGCAGAAGAGCAGAUAACAUGGAAACCCCACAAUAUGAACUGAUGGGGCCAGCACAAAGCUUUAUUACUGCACCAAAAAUGGAAGCUGUCACAAAGACUACUGAAAACCUCCAGCAUGCACCAGAGUUAGGCUUUAGCAGUGGAACAGAGGAGGAGGAGACAUCUGGGUAUGAGAGUGAAGGUGGACAGUCUCUAUCACCCAUGGCCUCCAAAGAACCGGCACCUUCAACCUCCCCUGGCACAGGGCGACGAGCUAGGACAGCUUUUACAGCUGAACAAAUUGAAAGUUUAGAGAGAUCAUUUAAGAGGAACGCUUAUCUUGGAGCACAAGACAAAGCUGAGCUGUGCAAGAGGCUCAAUCUCUCUGAUAAACAGAUCAGGAACUGGUUCCAAAACAGACGAAUGAAACUAAAAAGGACAGUGCAGGACGCCCUAGCACAUGCCUGCCAGGCCAAUGUGGCAUCACACCUCAUGCAUUACCCUGAGCUGCAGUCCUUCAGACCAGCACCGUACCCAAGUUAUUACCCAGCACAAGAGAGCCCGAGUCCUUACAUGUGCCCCCCCAACAUCCAUUACACCCCUUCUGUUGUGCCCACCCUGUCUGCCAAUGCCCUCUACCAGUACAGAUGUCCUCAGGCUCUCACUGUGCCCCCUAGCAACCCGGCCCUUAUGCAGCCGUACAAGCCAUACUCACACCAGUACUUCAGUUCACAAUGA